AUGCGUGAUGCUUAUCCAACUUGCGCCAAUAUGAUUAAAAGAUGUUAUGAUGGUGUCAUUUCAACCUGUUUAACUGCUUCAAUGUAUUGUAACAGGCAUAUCGUCUUGCCUUAUUAUUCAACUAGCAGAAAUCCUUAUGAUGUGAGAAAACAAUGUGAAGGCGGAGAUUUGUGUUAUUCAGACAUUGGAAUUAUUGAACAAUAUUUGAACAGAGGAAAUGUUAGGGAAGAACUGGGUGCUGAUCCUUGGAUUCAGUAUAAAAUCUGUAGCUCAAGGGUCAAUUUUAAGUUUCAUAUGACUGGUGAUUUGUAA